CUUCGCCACAUGUGCACUUUCUUGUCCCCGCCCCACCAAACCACACACAUCAAUCUUCGCUUUGACGUCUACCGCUGCCUCGACACCCACUCCCCCGCCUACCUCGACUCCCCCCAGCUAGACGUGCGCGCAUUCCUGACAACUAUUUCACCCUGCGGCAACCGAUCAGCAUCAUCAUUAUCAUCAUCAGUCGUCGACCUGUUGUUAUUUUCCAAGAGCGAGCUCAAGUACCAUAUUAAAUACCUAAAUCGUAUCUCAUCAUGCCGCCAAAAGGGAAAGGAGAUCAGCCCAAGGAGAAGAAGGUCGCUGUGGACAAGACCUUUGGUAUGAAGAACAAAAAAGGUGGAGCUGUACAAAAACAGAUCAAGCAGAUUCAGCAAGCGUCGGCUGGCGCAAAAUCGCCAGCUGAGAAGAAGAAGGAAGCAGAGAAGCUACAACGAGAAAAGGAAAAAGCUGCUGCAGAGCAAGCUCGUAGGGAAACAGCAGACUUGUUCAAGCCCGUUCAAGUGCAGAAAGUGCCGUUUGGCGUGGACCCCAAAACUAUCUUGUGUCAGUUUUUCAAGAAGGGCAACUGCGACAAGGGCAGGAAGUGCAAAUUCAGUCAUGACCUUAAUAUUGAGCGCAAGACAGAAAAGAGGAGCUUGUAUACCGAUACUAGGGACAAAGAGGCCGAGGAAGAGGCUAAGAAGAAAGAUACAAUGGAUGAUUGGGAUGAAGAGAAGUUGAAGAAGGUGGUCAUGAGCAAGCACGGGAACCCAAAGACAACAACAGACAAGGUUUGCAAGUACUUCAUCGAGGCCGUGGAGAACCAGAAAUAUGGUUGGUUCUGGGUGUGUCCAAACGGAGGCGACAAGUGCAUGUACAAGCAUUCAUUACCACCUGGAUUCGUACUUAAAACCAAGGAACAACGCGCUGCUGAGAAGGCUCUCAUGGAUAAAUCGCCUCUCAACACACUUACUCUGGAAGACUUCCUCGAAUCGGAGCGACACAAACUCACUGGUACCCUUACCCCUGUGACCGUUGAGACCUUUGCCAAAUGGAAGAAAGAUCGUUUGGACAAGAAGGAAGCAGAAGCCCAAGCCAAACAGAUGAAAGAUGCGACUGGUAGAGCUAUGUUCGAGAAGGGUGACUGGCAGAACAGUGAUGAUGAUAGUGAUGAUGACAAUGAAGGCGCAUGGAACCUGGAAGCUCUGAGGAAAGAGACCGAAGCUGCACGACAGAGGAAGGAGGAGGAACGGAUGGCUGCGCAGCUUGGGCAACAAGUCUCUUGA